CGGGAGUCAGGUGGUGGUUCUGUUUAUUGUGACGCAGGCAGCCGUGGAACCUGUGUCUGUUGGUGUUCUCGAGGCGAAUCGGUUGGUCGUGGCCGCUGGGUCCGAGCCACCUGUUGGGGGCCUUCGCACUGGCGGGCCGACGGAUUUCAGUAACCGGGCUCGGCACCGAGCGGUGAACCACCACCACUGCCACCAGUCCCGCUCCGGGUGCGGAAGGACAUGACGGACUGUGGAGGAUAGGAGAGUCGGGGUGGCGGCGCCCGAGGGAUUGCUCUACCUGCGGCCGCCAGCGCUGCGCGAGUCACCUGGCCACGCGCGGCCCGCGCCCCCGCCCCCGAUUGUUGCGUCUCGGGGCGGCGGUGAGAGCAGGCGCGCGUUGUGGGCCCGGCGCCGCGCGCCCGGCGCGGGACGAUGGCCUGGGUGAGGAUGUUCCUCAAGCCCGGGGGCAACCUGCGGAGUGGCUACCAGCCGGGCAGCAUGCUGUCCAUCGCGCCGACGAAAGGGUUGCUGAACGGGCCGGGCGAGAACAGCUGCUUCCUCAACAGUGCGGUGCAGAUUCUAUGGCACCUGGAUAUAUUCCGACGAAGUUUGAGACAACUACCUGGACAUGUGUGUUUUGGAAAUGCUUGCAUAUUUUGUGCUCUAAAGGAUAUAUUUGCAGAAUUUCGAAACAGCAGGGAGAAAGCUCUUCCUUCUGAUGCUUUACGUAGUGCUCUAGCUGAGAGCUUUAAAGAUGAGCAUCGUUUUCAACUAGGUUUAAUGGAUGAUGCAGCAGAAUGCUUUGAGAAUAUUUUGGAAAGAAUUCACUCGCACAUAGUCUCUGACACUGACAUGGACACAUGUACUGCUAAAUGUUGCAUUACCCACCAGAAGUUUGCCAUGACGCUGUAUGAACAGAGCGUGUGCCACAGCUGUGGAGCUACAUCGGAUCCUUUACCUUUCACCGAGCUAGUACAUUAUGUGUCAAUAACAGCACUCUGUAACCAGGUAGACAGGAUGAUGGAGAGAAAUGAACGCCCUAAGCCAGAAUUGUUUGCAGAGCUACUUCAAGCAGCAAGUACUGUUGGCGACUUUAGGAACUGUCCGAGUAACUGUGGACAGAAGAUGAAGAUUAGACGCGUGCUAAUGAAUUGCCCCGAGAUAGUCACCAUCGGUUUGGUCUGGGAUUCUGAGAAUUCUGAUCUCACAUUGGAUGUAAUUCGAUAUUUGGCACUACAGCUCUAUCUCCCUGGACUUUUUUUCAGAGCAAUUGAUGAAGGAGCUAAAAGAAGUGAAUUGGUCCUUGUUGGGAUGGUAUGCUACUCCAACAGACACUACUGCACAUUUGCCUUUCAUACCAAAACUUCGAAGUGGAUUUUCUUUGAUGAUGCUAAUGUUAAAGAGGUCGGAUCAAAGUGGAAAGAUGUGGUUUCCAAGUGUAAUCGAGGUCACUUCCAACCUUUGCUGCUGUUUUAUGCUAAUCCCUAUGGUAUGCCAGUCAGUACAGAGGAUGCACCUAGACAAGUGUUUCAUCCUGUUCAUUGUAAAUUGGAUGUAGAGGAUUUGGAAAAAGAAAUGCAAAUUUCUGCUACCAGAGUACCUGACUACGAGAAGGAAAAUGGAGCUGAAGGACGUUCAUCAAAAGUUAGGGGCCCAAAACUGCCUCUGAAACAGCCAUCUAAUGCUAAAGGUGGUUUCCAGAGAGGUUACAUUCAAGAUAGUAGAGGUCGAGGUCUGAUUAAAGUGUUUGCUGAUGACACAUCAUUUUGGCCACGGGACCGUUCAAAGGAGCAUGCCCAAAAACCACAGAAUGGAAGGAACCCACCACAUACCCAAAAAAAAGAAAAUGAUAAGCCAACAAGAACUGACUAUGGCAAACAAAGAGAGGACAGACCUUCAAAAUCUGGGACAUCGCAUCUUGGCAAUGGCACAAGACAUUUCUGGGAUCAGCAUGCACAUGGUAGUCAAGGAAAAGGAUAUUUAAGUGAGGGUAGGACUAUGCACAUUAAGGCAACACCAGACAAAUAUGCAUCUGAUUCAAUACAACAUAAAAAAAACAGCUCCACUGGAUAUGAUACUGAUAGCAGUCAAGAUUCGAGGGACAAAGGCAAUGGUAGAAGUAGAAAUAAGGGUAAAGUUUGGAAACCCUCACGGGAAACACUGAAUGUGGACAGUAUUUUUGAGGAAGGAAGCAGGAGACACAACAGUCCAAAGCACAAAUCAAACACUGCUCAGCAGGUGCUACAGAGCAAAGGACAGAACCCUAAUGAUUUAUUGCAUGAGAAACAAAAGCACAAAGGGUUAAUGACAAUAUAUGAAGAUGAACUCAAACAAGGAAGUGGAAGUUCUUCAUUGGAAGUUGAUGGGAAAGCAGAUCUAGAAAAUGAACAAAACACAGAUGAAAGCUUAAAAAUCCAUAGCUCUGGUUACUGGCAGAAAGUGGAAUCUGGUCACGAAAGCAGCAGUUGGUUCAGUAACGGCUCCACUAACCAUGACACUCAAAGUGUGGAGGUUUUCAGUGGAAAGAACUUGAAGAAUAACCAAGAUGCACUUUCCCACAGGAAUCAAGUUGCCUUAAUCAAAACUGAUAGAUGUCUUAAUCAGCCCAUCAGUAGGUUUCCAGGUAAUGAAGUCUUAGCUGAUCCUCAAGAAAAUGAGUACAAGCCAAGGGACAAGACUUUUCAUAGACCUAAUAUGCAGAGAUCACAGUUGGAUAAAAGCCAAACAUCGCCUUCAUUUGAAAGAGCCAGAAAAGCUGCUCUCUUCCCCAAGCAAAAUCCUGGAUGCCAGGAAUCACCUGGAAUGAACUUGCAGGACUACAAGCUCUGUAAGGAUAAUGAACAUCAUCCACAGACACAACUGAAACAAUCCUUCGCAGACAAAACGGCUCUCAAAUUUUCAGUGAACUCCAACAUUCAGUCUGUAUCUGUGCUGCCGGAUCCUUGUGUAUUUCCAUUUGAAGACUUCAAGAAAGCUUCAUUAGUUUCUUAUGGGGAAAGUUCUUGUAAUAAUUUGCAAGGCUCACAGGAUUCCACAGCUCAUGUGCUGCCUUCCAGUCCUCAGCAAAUUGAAAUAAAGAGAGCAGCAUUACCUCUUGGAUCACCAGUACAUUUGCAUCCAAUGGAAAAUGUAUCUGAAAAUUCUCUAUUCAAUCGGGGUAUGCAGUCCGGAGGACUAAGUUCACAUCAUAGUUUUGAAACUAAAGAGAAUGUCCUGGAAACUGUACAUAACAUAAGGUCCUCACCACCACCUCUGCCUCCAAAGAGGUAUAAUCGGAGAAUCCAAUCUAAUUUAGACAGCAAUGCCUUAAAUGUCAGACAGGUAAAUGUAUUAAAAGAGCAAAAAGAAAAUCCCGUUUUGACUGAAGUGACUGCAAAUGUAAAAUCCAGGUUUACAGAUGAUUCAACUGUGUCUCUGAAUGAGGUGCCUCGAAAUGUUGAUCAAGAGCAAGCUUUGAGACCUGCAGGAAGCUCUGAUCAUGAGUUCUCAUAUAAUAGAGCUACAAAUUUACCUGACAAUUCUGCAAAGCUUGAAACUAAUACUGCUUCAGUAGGAUUAGCUAAGCAUGUUGCUCCAACAACUUACUUUUCUGUGGAUGGUUGUAUGACCGAUACUUACAGACUAAAAUACCACGAGAGACCUAAACUCUACUUUGCAGAUAUAAAAGCUAAUGAAUCUCAGCAGAGUGGUGAUUCUUUUCAAGGCUAUGGCUAGAUUUUCCCCCUCAAGUGCCAUUCAACAUACAUGAAGUUAAAGGCAUCUAAUCACAUUCCAGAAAGCAAUAAGUGGGAUAAGCAAUCACUAAAGUUAUCGUGGAACCUAAAUUUAUUCACUUGCAAGUUGUCUUUAAGGGUUUCAUAACUGAAGGACAAGAUGUACAAAAGAGGACUUCAAUCAAGAUUGUUAUUAGAAUAAUAAUUACAGAUAUUGUCCUGAAGAGGGAAGCUAUUACAGGCUGUCCCAGGGUAAUGAAUACCCAAUUUAUUAACACCCCUACAUGUGAGUGAGCUCCCCAUAAUAUUAAAUUCAAAAGUCCAACAUGCAUAUAGUUUCCCUUCUCUCGCCACUUUUGGUAAUUGUUCUCUCUUACCAGUCCUAUGUGCUUUUUGAUGUGGUGGUAUGAUUACCAUAUUGAGCAUUUUCUGACUUGUGGAUAAAAUCUACUUGUGGAUGCCUGUAAAAAGCAGAACUGUUCAUUACCAGGGGAGGGUAUGUAUUUGUAUAAUGGAACAUAGUCAAAAACUUUCAGUGCUUCCCAGUUGUACUGGUUCAAGUGCUUUGUGUAAUGGGGUGCAAAGAUUUUCAAAAUGUCAAUCAAAAAUUUGUAUUUUGCACAUUUUCAUUUCAUAACCUUUUUUAUUAAUAUACCUUGGUAUAAACUACGAUUUUGACAUUUCACAUAAAAUACAUUCUAGAAAUGAUUAUAAGUCCUUUGCCCAAAAAAUAUUAAUUUGAUUGCUAAUUUCAGAGCAAAGUAAAGCAAAUAAUGUUCACCUAGCUUUAUUUAAACCAGAAUUCAGCAAUAUUAAAGCAAGAAAAUGAAAGUAAAAAUUGGACAAAAUUACAUUUUGGAUUAAAUGAUUUUUAAUGCCUAAAUGUGUAUGUUUGAAAACAGUUAUGCAGAAAUGAAAAUAUUUUGCAAGUUUUAUCUACAGAGUAACUUUAACAUAUUAAAAUGUCCCAAGUUGCUUCACAGGAACAUUACCAAACAAAAUUUGGCAGCAAGCCCCAGGAGAUGGUAGAACUGAUAAUAAAGUUUGUCCAAAGAUGUGGGCUUUAAGGAUUGUCUUAAAGGAGGAAAGCAGCUAGAAUGUGUAUAUUUGAAUGUGGUAGCUAAAGAUUUGGGAACAAUCAGGAAACCAAAGUUGGAGCAGAUAUUUCGAAAUUCUAAAGCUAAAGGAAGUCUGAGAUGAAGACUAUUUGAAAACUAGGAUGAGAAUGCUAAAAUAGUUUUUAUGGUUUUCAAAUUGGAAGAAGUAGUUCUGAUCUAAUUCAAUGAUUUCAACUUGCUUUAUAAUGAAAACAAUCAGCUGUUAAGAAUAGUGUUUCCAAUUUGUAUGAGGAAGUGAUUGCAAAUAAUGUUACACUUCACAUCUGUUGUCUGAAUAACCAUGUCAUUAUCAACAACCCAAGAAUAGCAAAACAGAUGGUUUAUUAUAUGUAAAAGAGUAAAUCAUUACAAGCCAACAAAUAGAGAAUCCAAUGGACUGAACCUAACCACUGCUUUUGAACCUCCAGCUUAAAAACAAGUUUUUUUUUUACUUCUAAGCUCUAGGCAAUUGGUUAAAAUAUUUCUUUACCCUGUCAUGAGCUUUAUUUGUAAUUAUGAAUUGAGCAAUUAUAGAUUUUAUUAACAAGUUGAACAAAUGUUGUCCCUCUGUAAGAAUGGGCAAUUUAGAUAUUUUUAAAAACUAUUUCCUGUGCAAAUUAACUAGGGUUUCCAGUUUUGAAAGUUACCUAGUAAAGGACUUAAGAUUUGAUUGUGUAGGUACCACUGGAUGUAGAGAGGCCUUUUGUCACAUGGAGAUCUCCAACUAUGAAUGCCAAAAUUCUGUAAAGUUUUUUAGAAAAGAAUUGUUAUGUAUUGAGGAAAGUUUCUGUGGGCUGAGUUUUAAGGUACUGUUACUGAUAUUGCUAAAAUAUUAAUUACAUCUGCAUGUACAUAUUUUCCAGAAUAACUUUCUCAUAAGUAUUAUCUUUACAAUAUCUAAAUAAUACUAUAUUAACUGUACACUUCCAUUUUUCUGUCACUAUGCACACAUUUAUGGUGUUUGAAUUCCUUAGUGGUUUUGAAAAAUGCAUAUUUUAAAUCUGGAAAAACUAAUUAUUUGAUAACAUUAUUCUCAUAUGUAAUAAGUGCUUCAAAUGUACUUUUAUUAUCAAAAUAGAUGCUCUUUUCCUGUGCCUUUUAUUGUUUGUUUUAUAAGUGUACUUAUCUGUUGGGCUAAACCCAUUUUGACUCCAAUAAAAAAAAGUGAAGAUAUUUGAAUAUCUCUCAACAACCUUGAAUAUUGCUGUGCACUGAACUGUUAACUUAGUUUCAAAAAUGUCUUUUGUGCACAUGUAUUUUAACAGUUUCAUCUUGCACAAAUAUAUCAAAAGAAAGCCUUAAGUAUUUUAGGAUAUUUGUGAUAAAGCAAUGCAAUCCUAAAUAUACCUUAAUUACUUGUAUUGCUGUUUUAAAAACAGUGUUAAAAUAACUCUACUCCAAACAUUUGAUUAAUCCAGCCUAUGGAACAGUUAAAUAAAAAAGACCAAAAUGGACAUAUGGCCAAACUGUGGCCUGUACAAUGUGUCUAUUUAUUUUUCUAUGUACAAAGUGGGAAUAUUUGUAAAACUGAUUUUUAUUAUUUGGAUAUGUUGUGGAAUGAAUAAAUACUUGUUUGUACAC